UUUCAAUGAACGAAAAGCGUUUUUAUGGCAUCUUACGUCACUGAUCCAGAUGCAGAAGACUGGUGUUUUUGUCUUGGCAGAAUCAAGCAGUGCAAGAACUACUAUGAGAUUCUCGGCAUGCAGAAAGAUGCUUCUGAAGACGAUCUUAAGAAAGCCUACAGAAAACUGGCGUUAAAGUUUCACCCUGAUAAGAACCACGCUCCGGGAGCCACGGAGGCGUUUAAAGCUAUAGGAAACGCAUAUGCAGUUCUGUCUAAUGUGGAAAAGAGACGUCAGUACGAUCAGCUGGGCCCGGGCCGAUCCAGCCAGACCCACGACACACACUUCCAGGCCGAUAUUUCACCUGAAGAUCUCU